AUGGUUGAAACAUGUGAUGUUGGAAGAAAGGCAGAAGUUGGUACCUUACUUUACGAAAGUGUUCCAGUUUCGUCUGCCAACUUGUUGUUGUUUGAUUCUGCUGGUAAACCAUUCGAAAAUCCAGACGACUUGAAUACCUUAAAAUUAAUCUUGCAAGGAAUCAAGACCGGAACUAAUUUAGUGGAAAAUUACUUGACAAACAAGAUUGACCUCGAUAAUAGGAUUGAUGGCGUUAUUUUUGUUUGUAGAGCUUGUGAAUGGAAUUCUGUUUCUUUACAAAAAUUUGUCAAAUUCCAAAAUGUUGUUAAAGAAACAGAUAUAAAGGGGCUUCCUUUCAAUCCAAUGAUUGUUUUAACACAUUUCACAGAGUCAAUGUCAGAGAAGCAAUUUGUGGAUAAAGUUACAAAUGCUGUUCCAUUUGCAUUCUUGGAUAAUCCAAAAGAUCUUUCCAAAGAUUUGACACCACAAGCUAUGGAAGCAUGCAAAAGAAUUUCAAGACAAUUCAAAAUAUGUAAAUAA